GGUUGGUGUUGGCAUGUUUUUUUCAUAUAUAAAACGUGUAGGGUUUCACCCAAGCUUCCUGUUGUCCUCGGCCGCCGCUCCUACCUGACCUCAGAAUUUAUUUUGUAACAAUAAUCUUAAUAAAUAAGAAUAACGAUAAUAAUAAUAAUAAGGAUGGAGGGCGGAGCAAUGUCAUUGUCGUCGGAGAAUAGGAAAGAAGAAGAGCAGCAGGGAACGUCCUAUACCUAUUGGGUGAGGCAAGUGGCGGAGGAUACGGCGCCUCCCCCAGUUCCUCGAAAACUCUCACCUCAGGACAUUCUCUCCGCUCAAUCCCAGCCUUCCACCCUCGGUUCUCUCUGGAAUCGGGCUGGAACUUGGGAGGAGAAGAAUGUUAAUAAAUGGGCAACAGAUAGAAUAAAGGUUUGUCAUGGAGCUUCUUUUAUCAGUGGGUACCUUGGAGUUCUCAGGUGGCAAAGCAGAGAUAUCAGAUGUCUUCAAAUGUGUAGGAGAUUUGCGAUUAGAGAUUGUAAUCAUUUUGAUUAUGGUGAUAUGAUAAUAGACUCAUUCCUCAUGAGUUCAUCUUUACUGAGUGACCAGGCAUUCUUGGUGACAGUGCGAAACAAGAAAUGUGUUAGCUACACCUAUGAACUAACCUUGAAAGUAAAAGGGGAGUGGAUAUUUGGAGAGGAGAAAAACACAGUCAAGGGCCAGAUAGACAUCCCAGAGUUUUCAUUUGGUGAGCUAGAUGACUUGCAGAUGGAAGUGAGACUAAGUGAAGAGAAGGAUAUUCUACGUCAAGAUAAGUUACGAGUUAGCAAGGAUUUGAAGCUGUUUUUGCAGCCUGUUCGCGAGAAAUUGCUUCAAUUUGAACAGGAACUCAAAGACAUAUAGAAGUAGUUAAGGACAAUAACCAACGUCUUACUUCCUAUUACAUUUAGUGGACUGUACUUUUAUUUUAAAUUUAAUUGGGAAAGAAACUACCCUUUCCAAUGCAUUUAGGAGAGUUGGGCUAGAGGCAAAUCCUUUCCAUUAAGGUUUAGAACAUUUAAUACUGUCAAGGUUUUUUUUAUUGGGUAAAAAUCUCUGAAGUUUGGAAACAAGUGAACCUGUGCUUUGUGUGAUUUGAUACGUGGAUUGAGUGAAAUUCUUAGGUGGAUAUUUUUAUUUUAUAAUAAACGACAGGAUAUUUUUGUAAUUUU